AUGUAUUGGGUCGGAGCCGAUAUAUGCGGUUUUCAGGGCCAGACCACACCCGACCUGUGCCGCCGAUGGCAUCAAUUGGGCGCUUUCUAUCCGUUCAGUCGCAACCAUAACGAUCUAUCCGUCCAGUCCGAUCAGGAUCCGGCCGUUUGGAAAGAGAUGGGCCAUCCGGAGGUUACCGAUACUGCUCGGGCAGCCCUACAGCUCAGGUACCAGUUGUUACCGCAUUUGUAUACACUGUUCUACGAAUCGCAUACGACUGGGUCGACAGUUGCCCGACCCAUGCAUCACGUUUGGCCAUUGGAUGCAACCACUCAUACGAUUGAUCAACAGUUUAUGUGGGGUUCAAGUGUACUGAUAUCGCCGUUUGUGUUUGAGAACCAGAAGGAAGUUAAGGCAUACCUACCGGCGGCUGAUGUCUGGUAUGAAGUGCGACCCGAAAUCAAACGCGUACCGAAUGUCGGCUACAUUACAAUCCCCGAUACACCGGCCAGUCCGCCACCCGUUCAUCUGCGCGGUGGUCACGUAAUAUCGAUGGUCAGUACCGACAAACUAGUGACCACUCAAUCUGAUUCGUUCAAACAUUUGCAACUGGUUGUACUACCCGACGGUAAAACUGGUCAAUCAUAUGGACAGUUGUUUUGGGACGACGGUGAUAGUAUAGAUACUAUUGAACGAAAUGCCUAUAAUCUGUAUUCAAUUAGACUGACCGGUGCUAACUGUACGGUAAGUAUUGUUGCCGAUAAACAUGGUUUAGACAAAUCAGUGGUCAAACCAACCAUCGAUCGGCUAGUAGUUGCCGGUACUAGACAAAUGCCCGGCCAAUUGGUAGCCACUGUUGACGGUAAACAAGUUCAGGCCAAACAUGUUAACGGUAGGACAGAAAUCGAUGUCAACCAACUGUUGGAUACGACAUCCACUAAUCAAUGGACAGUCCAGUGGAAAGAUAGUCAGUCAGGAAAAUGUGAUUUAUUGUGA